GCUCAGUUAGAGAGCCCGCAGUCAGUAUAAAUGUACUGUUAGGCCAAAAACAAAGUCUAAAACUGAGAAAAGGCCAAGAAACCUGCAUUUGUGCUCCUCUGGAAAGCACUUUGGUCUAAUGAGGACCAUUUUGACCUGGCUUAAUGAGAACAAAAACAAAACAGACACACGCUGCAGAUUCCCAUUUUGAAAUCCUCAAAGAGGACAAAGUGUGCUGAACCUUUAGAGCUACUGGAUCCUGGAGUCUACUUACUCCACUUCAAAGUGAAAAAGAGGAUAAAAUCGACCACUUUCCUUACACAAAUAAAAUGAAAAUGAGAGUCAAUAUGUCCAGCGAUAACAUUCCAUUUACUCUGGGGAGAGAGUAGACUUGGGAGGAGUUAGAGGUACCACGGUUCUGCUGCUCUCCUCCUUGGAUCACAACGCAUUCGGGAGAGAGCCAGAAAGAAGUGAUGAAAGACGACGAGAGAGACCAGCAGUUGCCUCGUUCCUGAUCUUGAUAAGGCAUCAAACCUGCGGCAGUUUUUCUUCUGGACAAUGAAACCGGCAGGACCAGGGUUUUCUGGCAGUGAGGAACUGAAAUGAGACACCGAGACUGAACCCUUGAAUAAAGAAAACAAGGAGUGAGUAUCUGCCGGUGGUCAACAUGUCUGUGUGGAUGAUCCUUCCAGUCAGCCUACCAGUCUUCACCAUUACAGGAAUAUGGGUCGUAUAUGCAAUGGCCCUCUACAACCAGCAUGUCUGCCCUGUGCACAACUGGUUGUAUAAUGAGUCCUGCGAGGAACAGCUCCCAUCUCAAAGAGGACCUGAACUGUGCUGCACCCUGGACAACAUACCCCUCAUCAGUAAAUGUGGAACUCUGCCACCUGAAAGCUGUUUCUUCAGCCUCAUAUGCAGCACAGGAGCGUUCUUGGUGAUGCUAGUCACUCUGUUGCGUUACGCUCACGUGAUUGAGAAGCACCAGAACUGUGUUCUGAACAUGGCCAGCCUUUCCACUGGGUGGAUCUGUGCUGCUGGUCUCGCCAUGGUGGGAAACUUCCAGGUGGAUUUUGCCAAAGUCCUUCAUUAUGUAGGUGCUGGAGUGGCGUUCCCAUCCAGCAUGCUGUUUGUGAGCUUCCAAGCGGCUCUAACCUACAGAUUGGCCAAAACCCAGGAGGAGUAUUGGAUGGGUCACAUACGAGUGGGGAUGGCUCUGUUUGCACUGAUCGCCCUGGUGCUCAGUGGAGUUUUUUUCUGCCAGGAGAGUUUCUCCCUGCAGCACACCUCCGCCAUCUUUGAGUGGAUCUACUGCAUGGUCAUCAUGUUCUUCUAUGGGACGUUUGCCUUUGAGUUUGGAGGGGUGUCAGCCGACACCCUGAUUGUUCUCUCCAAAGGAGGGGGACUCCCCAGCUUCUCCCUCACUGCUCACAAGCCGGAGAUUAGCGGCGGGCCCGGCCACCACCAGGCAGAGAACCUGUCAAUCCUUUAAUGGAACCUCACUGGAGGUCACUGUGUAAAACAUGGAGGGAGACCCUAAUUGCUAUGCUCAUGUUGCACAUUCAGUAGCCUCAGCACCAGAGACACUCAUAGACUUGUAGUCUGCUACGCUGCGUAACAUUGCACAAUAUCACAAGUGCCCUCCUGAAGACAGAGGCCAGUUACGACCUAUACGUGUGGACACAGUUCUCGCUGUUUGUUUUACUUUGUCCUUAUGUAAUGAUCACCCUCUGAAUCCUCAGCUGGAGCUGCCUUUCAUCUGAACAAAUAUCUUCAAAAAGUGCCUCAGAUGUCUCUCAGAGUUGAAAUGUUCAGACACAGAGCCUGGGUAUUGUUUUCUGUCAGGAAGUUCUGUUACAUCACCACCUCGCACCCUUUCCGUCGACGCUAAGGUGAGGUUUUCCAAAAGCUUCAGACAAUGGGUGGACGUAACUGGGUGCCAAGAAUAAUUUUCUUUCAUCUGAAGUGGAUUUUCCAUCCAAAAUCUUCUGGUAUGAGUAUUUGUUUUUACUCUGAACAGCUCAUGUGAUUUGUUUUUCAGAUUAUAAUAUGCAGGCUAAUGCAACAUAAUGUCGAGGUAGAUGCCUCGAUUUUGCAUAUAAUCUCAGCUCUGUUGCAUAUUUGAUCUCAUCAGCUGUUGUUUUGAGAAAUAAAAUUCUGUAGAGAGCAUACAGACUAGAAAAUAA